CACGGAACUUAGGGGAAAAGAACUCCCCCCAGCGUAGGCUUGAUCCUCAUCCUGUACCCUCACCGCCCCUCAUCGCGAGUCCACCCCUCACCGAUGACUCCAGUCGACUCUGGGUUUGCAAAUGUUCAGUCCUUUCACCGUCAGUGCCGAGGAGACAACAGGAGGGCGAGAGAGCGGGGGAGAACCUCAGGUUUCAGGGCUGCUCCCGGUGCUUUCGUUUCUCUGCUGGUGUGUGAGUGGGAUGAAUGGAGCGGGUGCCCAGUGCUGAUUUCAACGGGGGAAUCGCCGCUCUGGGAGCUGGGUGAUCGCCCGUGUUAUUGCCCCUGCCUGUGCAACGAAAAAUACUGGAUCUGACAUUUGGGAGCCGGAUGAGGGAAGACGGGUUUGAUGCUGAGUGGUCGUGUAGGUGUCCCUCGGCUGGCACAAGUCUCUCGAGAUCAGGUAUGUGAAGAGGAUGAGAGCGUUCUAUCACUGAAACAGGUGGUGAUGAUGUAUCGACUGUGCGCCAUGAAGUGGCGGGAGGCCCCGCUAUCCCUCGUCUCACUGGAACUGGUUUAGUCCUAGAAUGCCUCUUCUGACCGGUGCCCCUGCACUCAGUCUGCUCCAGGUCCCAGGCAAUGGGAGCUCCACGGUCGACCAUGAGUGAGAACGCGGAUGAGCAGAGCUUGUACAGCAAUGCGUUGGCGUGGCUGAUCUGUUCGGGGGUGUCUCUGCUGGCCAACGCCUGGGGAAUCCUGAGCAUCAGCGCCAAGCAGAAGAAAUGGAAACCGUUGGAGUUCCUCAUCUGCACUUUGGCCGGGACGCACAUUCUUAACGUUGCCAUCCCUAUCACCAUGUACUCGGUCAUCCAGCUCAGGAGGCAACACUCCGACUACGAAUGGAACGAGGGGCUGUGCAAAGUGUUCGUCUCCACAUUUUACACCCUGACCCUGGUGACCUGCUUCUCCGUCACCUCUCUGUCUUACCACCGCAUGUGGAUGGUGCGCUGGCCUGUCAAUUACAGGUUGAGCAACACAAAGAAGCAAGCUGUACACACGGUGAUGGGGAUCUGGAUGGUAUCGUUCAUUCUGUCCACCUUGCCCGCCGUGGGCUGGCAUGACACCACAGAGCGCUUCUACGCCAAGGACUGCCGUUUCAUCGUCACGGAGAUAGGCCUCGGUUUCGGGGUUUGCUUCCUAUUACUGAUCAGCGGGAGUGUGGUGAUGGGCGUGGUAUGCAUUGGCAUUGCCCUCUUUCAGACGUUCACCGUUCAAGCUGGGAAUAAUGUCAACAAAAACAAAUUCAAUGUACCCACAAUUGUAGUGGAAGAUGCCCAGGGUAACAGGAGAUCGUCAAUUGAUGGCUCUGAACCAUUAAAAACCUCUCUACAGAUAACUUAUCUGAUCAGUGGAAUUGUCUUUAUCUAUGACUUUUUGACAGGAUUCCCCAUUUUGGUGGUGAGCUUUGCAAGUCUCAAGUACGACACCUCUUACUCUUGGAUGGUGCUGUGCUUUCUCUGGUGCUCCAUCGUACAGUCAAUUCUUCUACCAUUGUUCCUUUGGGCCUGUGACCGCUAUAGGGCUGACGUGAAAAGUGUCUGGGAGAAAUGUGUAGCUAUCAUGUCCAAUGAUGAUGCUGAUGAAGAAAACAAUCAAGAUGGAGCAAUUCACCCUGAAUCUUUCUAUGAAAGGCCCUACGAAUAUAACUGCGCCCCUGAAAUUCUGACUGUGGAUCGAAUUGCCAAAUACGACUAUUCAGCAUUGGAAAGGGGAGUUCCACAGGUGUACCCCAUGAGGGAUAUGCAAGAGGAUAAGAUGCAGUAUUUACAGGUUCCUCCAACCAGGCGCUAUUCCCAUGACGAGACAGAUGUGUGGGCAACAAACCAGAUCGCCUCAUACCUUCACAGAUGGGGCUCUUCGGAGAACAUCACGGGAGUUCUGCACUAUAGCUCCCCCAGACAUGAAAGGAGAAGAGGCAGCCCAAUCUCCCAACAUGACGAAUGCGCUUCUUUCCAUAAGAGAAGGAAAUCUGCGGAUAGUGUCAUCUCUCUAAAGCAGUUGUCCAAGGAGGAAUAUCUUUCCGAUGACUUGAAAUGUUUCAGCCGAGAUGAAAUAAUCAACUACAUUGAUGAAACUCCAGUCCCUAGUCCCAUGAAGACCCCACUGAGAUCAUCAUCUGUAACACUCAUCCCAGAAAAAUAUGAACAGUAUUCAGUCACCUUUUCCCACUUUCCUUUGACCAAUUUUGAAAGAGAGCCUCACGUUCUCCGCCGGUUGUCAGAGGGCAAGGAGUGCCGUAACCCCAGGGGAUACUUGGUGACUGCUUUCCCCACUGACACAAAGGCAGCUCCAAAGGACGGAGAAGCCCAGUGUCGCCUGUCCACGGUCACCACCCCCAGCAUUAAGGAGGGAGCCUCCAGAGGUUUACGGACAGAACUUUGCGUCUCCUGGGACAAUCGGGAAAAACUCAGCAAAAUAGAAAGUAAAGGAAGCACCAACAGUUUUGUAAGUUCACCUUCUGCUUCUUCGGGCUACAUGACUUUUCAUUCCGACUCAAUUGGAUCCACAUCCUAGGAAUGAGCGUGGACCUUCCCAAAAAUUAAUGGUGUUUCUAUGUUUGUUUACUACUACGGGGAUUUUAUACUUCUCACAGGAAGAAAUGAGUCACGCCAAAGAAUCAGUCAAAUAUUUUAAUGUCCUUUACACUGGUUGAGGUUCUUUUAGACACUUGAAAGAGGACUGGAAAAAUCUGGCAUCAAUGUCUGAAUAUUAUUGGUACCGCUAACUAUUGUUUUCUAUUUUUAUUUUUUUAAGAUAAAUAAUUUUUAAGGGUAACAUUGUUAAUAGGCAUUCCUGUAAGACCAAUACCAUUUAGACAGAUGUACAGAAUGAGAAAAAGGUGGAUGUAAAAUUGAUUCUAUUUUUUAAAACUUCCAAAUUGUGAAAUGGUUGCUCCACCAGAGGUAACUCCAGAUCAUGUGUGUCUAUUUAUGCACUCCAGGUAUUUGGUGUAUUCUGUUUCAACUGAUGAUUUUCUUCACAUAGAGGACAAUGAAAUUAUUCUUUGGGAAGGGGAGAGGUGGAAGACCCCACUAUUGUUCCUCCUAUGUAUUUUGCAUUUGUAACUUCGGUGUCACAUACUGGCAGCAGUCCGUUGCCCUGCGAGAAUGAACAUUGGUUUCUCUUGGUCCCCAUAAAGUUGUCCUAAAAUUUAAUAGUAAGAAACGUUUUCUUACAAGUAUUUGCAAUGGUUGCUCGUCAAAAGAUCCA